AUGGCUAAUCUGCAUCGCAUUACGAUUGAGGCUCAGUUCCAAAAGUGGUGGGCCACUUAUGCUUCUGUCAUUCCUGAUGACGUGCAUGUCAAGCUGGCGAAGCCUCUAACUGACGAUCGGCCCUGUGUGGAUGCAAAUGAUCCAGAAGCUAGGAUCAUCACAUUUCAUCCCUUUGAUUUUUCCCUAGGCUUCACCUUCCCAUUGCCAAAGUUUUUUCAAAAGGUGUUCAGCGCCAUGUGGUGUGCUCCAAGUCAGUGUACUCUGAAAGUCUACCGGGCGAUCAUGUGUUUUAAGAAUCUGAGCCGUUUCUUUAAGCUGGAGUUGACAGUGCAAGAGUUCUUUUACUUUUUCAAAGUGAGGCGCUUUGAGAAGUACUGUCAAGUUUGCAUCUAUCAUGCUAAGUUGUUUGACAGUUCCAGUCAAGGAGACCACGUAUGGCACGACGACGUACUGGAAGUCAACAAAUGGUGGGAAGGCGAUGUUGAUGAUGGUCCACUGGUUCCCAUCUCCUAUUGCAACGCGAGCAACAUCUGCAAGAAAUUGGAACUUGGGCCAGACAUGGCUAAGGUUGGCCGAGCUCUGAAUAUCUCUCCGAAGUUUCACCAGUGGCGCUGGCUGUUGAGCGAGUAUCGGGAGGAAGUCGGUGGGUUUCCCUUGCCCAGGAUGUUGAGAGAUGGAAACAAAAUGGUCCUGACCUUGAUGAUUUGCUUAUCGGACAAAAAGAGUGUUAUGUUGAAUCCCCCUAAAAAAGGAAGGUUGUUGUCAAGUCUUCAAGAUAUGAAGCUGCUUCUUCGCGAGCAGGAGCUGUUCCCUUUUGCUAAGAAGACUCAAGUGGGAGUUGUUCCCUUUUCUUCUACUAGGGUUAAACAUCUCGUUGGUGCAGAUAGCAGGAAUGUUGGUGAUAUGCGUAAUGCUCGGGAUAUUCUACCCAAGCCUCUUAUUGACAAGCUUGCAAACCAUGAUAUGCUUCUUGAAAUAGCCUGUGCCCAAUCUAGCUCACCUACUGAGAGGCAAAGAGAUGCAUAUAUUCGUCUUCUAAGUGCGGGUCAUCUGCAUCAAUCAAAGGAUGGAAAUCGAACUGGGAGGUCUACUUACGAUCCAGCUGUUGAGUCACAGGAAGUCAAGAGUGGAGUUGAUUCAGCAUCAUUGACUCCUUUGGAGGUGAGGUUGGUGGAGGCUAAGAAGAUGAGAAAGUCAUCUGCCCGGACGAAGGGUUCUUCUUCACAGUUAGCAGUUGAUCCCAAGGUGGACAAGUCCAGCAUUGUAGGGGAUGCAUGCGUAAAGGGAAUCGACAUUUCAUCUGCUUCAAAAGGAUUAGUUUUUGUUGCUGAGACUAUCUGGAACUCGUCUGUUGUUGCCCCAUCUUCUUCUCAACUCAAUGAGCAGACCCGUUAUGAGAAGAAGACGUAUGAUUUGAGGGCGAUGAUAUCUAAGCUGAAAAGCUCCAUUCGCGAGAAUGCUGACAUUUCCCUCAGCUAUGACAAACUCCUGGCUAGACUUCGUGUCCACCACAAGUCUGCUGAAAAAUAUAAGUCUGAAGCCAUCAUAGAUGCAUACAAGUUGGGUUAUAUGCACUGUGCAGAUGAGACUGCUCCCUUUUAUGCAAUUGAAGACGGAGACAUCGAGACGCUCUGCCCUGACUUGUUCCCUGUGCAAGGUGAGCAGGCGGCCGAAGAGGCGGUAGCUGAAGAGGAUGGAGCAGAGGAGGACACAACUGAUAAGAUGGUGGCAGAUGUCGCGGAGUAG